AUUCAUUGGCCCUGACACCCAGGGGCUGCUGGGCAUCGCUUCUGAGGGAGCCUCAGCAGCUGCCUCAGGGGCAGCCAAAGGCAGGCAUCCAGGGGCUUUGUCUGACCAGGCUGGGCUAGAGUAGAAUGGGGGUUCUGGGGGUACUUCUAGGAGUGCUGGCUUUCCUAGGGGGCUCCCAUACCCGUCACUGGGACAGUACCUCCUGCCAUUUGGUCCGGCCCAUCCCUGGUAACCCUCUGGGCUCCCUGAGCUUCUUGGGCAAAGAUGCCCAAGGCCUGGCAUUAUUCCAGGCCUUCUGGGAUACACACCACAGACUGCAGGUUUGUGUCAGGCAGGAUGAAUCUGAACUUAUCACAGCGUUCAGGGCCCUCUGUGCUCAUGAGCCUUUGCAGCACUCCUUCAUCCAAACCCCUGGACCUGUGCUGCAGAGAGCACUGGCCACUCUGCAGAACCAGUGGGAGGCUUGUCAAAGGUCUCAGGAUAGUCCUACAGGAGCCAGGGAGAAGCGAGCAACAGAGCAGAGUGGAGCACCUGACAGAGAGCACCGUCGAAGGAGGAGAGGCUGGACCAUUCCUGGCACGCUGUGGUGCGGUGUUGGGAACUCUGCUGAGAAUGCCUCAGAACUGGGUAUGUUCCACGGCCCUGACCUCUGCUGCCGGGAACACGAUCAGUGCCCACAAACCAUUUCGCCCUUGCAGUAUAACUAUGGCAUCCGAAAUUUCCGCUUCCACACCAUCUCUCACUGUGACUGUGACGCCAGGUUUCAACAGUGCCUGAGGAGCCAGGGUGACUCCAUCUCCGACAUCAUGGGCGUGGCCUUCUUCAACGUGCUGGAGAUCCCCUGCUUUGUGCUGAAGGAACAGGAGGCCUGUGUGGCUUGGAACUGGUGGGGCGGGUGCAGGGCAUACGGCUCCGCGCCCCUUGCUCAGCUUCGGCCCAGGACUUACUAUAAUGCCUCCUGGAAGGCUGAGGCCACCUCAUGUUCUCCAAGCCCCCAAAGCCCAGCGCCCAGCAAACACCCCCAGAAGAGGGGCCCACAGCAGACACAAGCCAGACAUCACAGCACAACUACCGCUACAGCUUUCCAGACCCUGUCGUCUCCUCCAGACCUGAUCCCCAGAGGCCAGCCAGGAGCUCCACAUCCCUGCCUCCAGGAUGGCCCAAAACAUCAAAGUGCCCACCGUAUCUGUCGAAGCCUCCGCCACCUGGACCAGUGUGAGCACCAGAUCAAGCCCCAGGAAACCAAGUUCCACCUGCUCAACAGUGCCCAGACGCCCCUUUUCCACUGUGAUUGCACCCGCCGUCUGGCACGUUUCCUGAGGCUCCACAGCCCGCCUGCAGGCACCAACAAAGUUUGGGAGCUCCUAGGUACCACCUGCUUCAAGCUGGCCCCCCAACUUGACUGUGCUGAGGGCAAAGGCUGUUCCAGAGACCACAGGGCCAUCAAGGUGUCAGCUCGGCACUUGCAGAGGCUUCACAAGAGCCGACUCCAUUUCAGGAAUAAAGGCACAGGUGGGCCUCCUCUGGCACAGCCUGUGGAGCCCCCAGGGACCACCAUGUCAUUCUACAGCCAGUGUCUGCAAGUAACCCAGGCAAUCUGGGGACCCAGGGGUCAGAAGAAACUCUGGAGCUCAUAAUGACAGUAACAGCAGCUUGGGCACCAGCCUGGACCUCCUUCCUGGUGUUGCUAUAUUCUGAGAGACUUGGUUGGUCUCUUCUUUGAGGAACAACAUGGCUCUGAUGAACUGCAGGGGGGUUGAUGGAAGGAACCUCAAGGUCCAAAUGUUGGACCGCAUCUCCCGCUGUACUUGGUGACCUUGAACUGGUGACACAGCCCCUCUGUGCCUGGAUGUGGUGUUCAGAGGCUAUUCUGAUGCCUUGGGCUUAGACCUUGUCAGGUAACUUCAUACACAGAUAGAAAAGGGGAGUGGCUGAUUCCAGGAAUCCAGGAGGUAUGGGAAGCAGGUACUUGAGUGUCCCUGUUGCUAGACCUGCCUCUCUGAGCCCCAGCACUUUACAGUGAGACCUAAAGCCGCAGGUGGGAAACCAAGGAUACAAGAGAAAUGCCUGUACCUGAAUCCAGGGUAAGGAGGGUGUUCCCACAGUCUUCGCAGGAGACCCCUUCUUUAAAUAGUUUCUGGGUCCUUCCUGGCCUGAACUAAUCUUUCUGUUCUAACUCUAAAUUGAAAUCUUUUCUGUGCCCAUGAGGAGUUAGGGUAAGGGACCUCCCUCCUCCACAUGGGCCUUAGUGCCCUCCUCUGAAAGAGAGGGUAGAGGUGGGGUGUCAUUGUUGUUUGUCUGUCUGAGUCAGGGUUUCACUGUAACCCAGGCUAGCUUCCGCUAUGUAUAGGAGGAUAACCUUGAACUUCUGGUCCACUUUCCUCUACCUCCAAAAUGCUGGAAUUGCAGGCGCAUGACGUCACACCAAGUUUUAGGUGAUACUGGGGAGGGAAACCAGGGUGUCAACCCUUCCAGCCUGGUUGAAGCAUGCUACCAACUAAAUCAUACCCCCAGCUUGAAAAGGGGACCCGUAACCGUGAACUACCUCACAGGGGUGCUGAGGAGUAAAUGAAUUAAUCAACACACAUACCACCCAGUAAACAUUCUUCUCUAACACA